CUAAUUUCCUGUUCUUCUCCCCGUCCACUUUUUAGACCACAUACCUUUCACUGCAUGACGUGUGCUGUUCGCGUUCGGCAGCGUGAAUCCUUCCUAAGGUGUUCUUCUCUCAAUUGCGCUGGUUCCUGUGCAUUCCCAGUAAAAGCUCUGCAAGCCAUAUCGGUGUUUGCAGCGAAUAGUUUACUUCUUUACCUCGAGUUUUGAUUGCGACAGUCUGGCGAGAGAAAGUAGUGUCCGCGCACCGCCGUCAGCCUUUCGAGGCGAGACCUUCUAUUCCCAACGAUCACGAACCUGGGAGUGCGACGGCAUCCGUUGUUUAGCCGAUGGGCCCGACGGACCCUAAGGCGGGCUUGCUGCAGCCGUUGCUGGGCGGGAAUCGCGGACGGGUGGAUCAGAGCCAGGCGAAGGCGAAAGGCGCGCACACACACAGGCACGAGCACGUUCACGAGCAUAAGCAUGAGCAUGGCGAUAAGGACAGUCGACAGGACGAUCGGAGACAGUUCGACGACCCCAACCACCACAGCCACGCGCACAGCCAUUCGCACGCGCAUGAGCACGAGGAGCGCGAGCACGAGCACGAUUCGACGCACGCGCAUGGGCGUGAGGGCGGGGAGUACGAGGACACGGUGGUUGCUGUGGACGCCAAGGACGAGCCCGCACACGCCAGUUGCAGCGCGCGGUGCGGGUUCGCGGACGGCGUGGCGGUGGGCACGGUGGAGGACAAGGAGCGCGCCAAGGUGCGGCAGCGCCUCGUGCUCGCCAUCGCGCUCUCGCUCGCCUUCAUGCUCGUCGAAGUCGUCGGAGGGAUUCUGUCCAACAGUCUCGCCGUGCUCACAGACGCCGCUCAUCUGCUAUCCGACAUCGCCAGUUUCGCGAUAAGUCUGUUUGCGCUGUGGAUGGCGGGGUGGGAGGCGACGCCGCGGCACACGUACGGGUACCACCGCAUGGAGAUCCUGGGCGCGCUCAUCUCCAUGCAGCUCAUCUGGAUGAUUACCGGCAUCCUGCUCUACGAGGCCGUCUCCAGGCUGAUCUCGCAGACGGAGUCGGUGGACGGGCGGCUCAUGUUCAUCACGUCCGCCUUUGGCGUGGGCGUGAACGUGCUCAUGACGCUCAUCCUCGGCCACCACCAUCACGGCCACGGGCACGACCAUGGGCACGACCAUGGGCACGACCAUGGGCAUGGGCAUGAGCAUGGGCAUGAUCAUAAGCAGGAGCAUGGGCACGUGCAUGGGUGGAAGCGGAAUGGAGGGGACUGCGGUGGCAAGAGCUGCACGACAGCAGACACACAUGACCAUGACCAUAGUCACGGGCAAGGACAUGAGCAUGGGCAUGGGCUUGGGCUUGGGCAUGACACGACCUCAGGUGCAGGCGAUGCCAUUGUGACCCUCCACCACAGCGCCAACCAGUCAUCCCAGCAUCAACAUGAGCAUCAACAGCUCGCAGGCGCGGAGCCAGCACGGGCUCGCAACAUCAACCUGGAGGGGGCGUACCUGCACGUGCUGGGCGACCUGCUGCAGAGCAUAGGGGUCAUGGUGGGGGGCGCUGUCAUCUGGUACAACCCCGAAUGGAAGAUCGUGGAUCUGAUCUGCACGCUGCUCUUCUCGGUGUUAGUUCUGGUUACCACGUUCCGCAUGUUACGCGAUGUCAUCGACGUGCUCAUGGAGUCCACACCGCGGGGGAUCAACGCCUCAGAGGUGGAGGCGGGGCUGAAGACGCUGCCGGGUGUGGAGGACGUGCACGAGCUGCACAUCUGGGCGCUCACGCUGGGCAAGGUGAUGCUGGCGUGCCACGUGCGCAUCCAUGCGCACAGCAACCCCGAGGAGGUGCUGGACGCCGUGCUGCGCUUCUGCGACCGCACGUACGGCAUCACCCACGCCACCGUGCAGGUGGAGCGCACCCGAGUGCCUGCGCUGCAGGGCUCGCAGUCAGCGCCAGACAUCGUGUCUUCCCCACACCACGUUCCGCCUCUUGAUGCCGUUGCGUCAUCAAGCGUCGUGCCGUCAGUCAUUCCAUAGCGUGUUUCCAGCGGUUCUCCCAUUGUGGCUGUGGCUACUGUUGCCAGUGCAAGGCAGCUCUCUUAGCCGUGCUGGCUGCACUUCAGGGGCGUGGUGGCCAGUGGUUGGUAGUGUUGCUAGCACGAGGUAGUCCCAGAGUCCCAGACCAGACACACACAGCUCUGAAUAUUAUUGCAGCAAGCCAAGUGGUUGCAGAUCUAAGGCACUGUUACAAAGAUCUGGACAUGUCACAUGUACCAAAACCUGU